GGCGUUGGUCGUUUGUGCAAUUCAGAGAUAUUUCAUCACAACGAACUCUUAAAGUCCUUUCCGCAAAAAAAUAUACCGGGGAUUUUUUCUAGAAAGAUUUUGCUUGUCACUGGUUGGUUAAUUUUGUUUUGAAUUGGUUUUAUCAGAUUAAAUGACCAUGUCACAUUUAAGAAUAGCUACAUGGGGAAAUCCAUAGCAUGGAUGUUGCUUUUAAUAAGUAUUUACCCGUACUUUAAAAGGACGAGCACAUGUGCGUAUAUUUGUUUGCUCGCCAUGUCGUCUACAAUGGAGAAACAACGCUUAAGGAGAAAAAGGAUGGUGGAUAAUAAAAUACGACUGUUAAAUUUUUACCUUUCCUCUGGAAGGGACUUUUUUCAGGAAGUUUUGGAGGUUUAUACGUCUCCUGAGCGUUUAUACAGAGCGGUCAUUCAGUCCGAGUAUUUCUCCAGUCUUCCUCAAGAAGAACAAGAAUCGUUAAUCUCACUUGACACAGAAAACACAUUUUGUAACCUGGAGUUGGAUCAGCUGUUUGAAUUGUUAAAAAGAUUCACAGCAAUAAGACAACCUGAUUGUUCUUGGUGUGGAAAUUGUCUCUCUGGACAGUUUGAACAGGAGCACGUGGGAGAAAAUAUAGAGACUUUGAUGUCAGUGUGGAAUGUGGUCAACAGAUCGUUUACAGUGUCGGAUGAGCUGUAUAAUAGAUGUGUGGGGACACUCACGGACAUCGGGGAUAACCUUGUAAACCUUUUUGCUUUUGGAAAAGGUUUUCAGGAAUCAAUCAAUCGGGAUUUGGGUGGAAAAGGUACGCGUCCCUCCAACCUUCGUAUUGUAAACCAUGGACAAGGUGUUAUCGUGCAAGUCGGGAACAAUAACAGUUGUGUCUUGAAUGUUGAAGUUUUCGAUCACACACAAGCAGACGGCCAAACCAGCUGUGAAUCCAAGGAUCUUGUUAAGAUGAUUCUCCACAUGGAAACCUCCCCUGGAAUCUACGUCGCCCACAUAGAAGAGCAGGUCCUCCGGUCGCUGUCCGGGGAAAAGCUGCAGACUGUCAACGCUGUUCUAAAGGACAAGUUUGGUGUAGAGAUCGUGGUUCAAAGAAAAGGCUGCAUAGUUCUAGUGCUGCGCAGAAUUAAAAACUUCUCUACCAGACGUCUGUUAGAUACCUGCUUUUUGGAACAAUUCUUGGUAGCUUUAUUCGGUUUCGCUGGAAUUUCCAGUGAAGAUAUAUCUGCGAUAUCUUUCCGCAUCGAUAUUGCUAUGGGAGAUUCUGAUGACGUAGAAAGAUUUCAAAAGACACGUGACAUUGAGUUGUUCCUUUCUCCGGCCAACACGGUGCAAUCUUUAUCUGUUGAGAGAAAGAAAGACUUGGUGUCUGCCAUUGUAUCGGGUGCAGCUGGACAGGAUAUCGGGGGAGUGAGCGGAGAACUUCGAAUCCAUGCAGAAUUCACAACAGAUUCCAAAGCGGAUGAGAAACACCAAACUCGUGGGAUGAUGUUUGACAAGCCUCUUCCUCUAAGAGAACCUCUGAAAGAAAAUAGUUUCCUAAAACAGGAUUGGAUGGAGAGUAUGAAAAGUAAAAAGGACUCAGGGAAUUCCACCGAAAAAUCAGCAUCAAGAGUGAAAGAUUAUAAGCAAGCAGAUCCCAAUGAGACUUUUAAUGGUGGAUGUCAAGACUUAAGUUAUUUGCCAGAGAAAUCAAGGGCAGUGGUGUAUUAUUUGCUUUCACUCCUUCUCGUUGUCAUUAUGAUGUUGUGCAUCCUUUGUUUUGUAUGUCUCCUAGGAAAGUCUGCUCUCACAUCAGAUGUUCAUCCUUCUAAAAGUCUAUCCAAUCUCUCCCAAUCGCCCGUACAGAAGAUGGUUAUAAGGAAUUACACAAAAGGACAAAUUGACAAUUUACUGCAAAACACAAACAAAACGGAUCUGGAAUAUAUAGACUUGAGUUUCAACCAAUUACAAUCAGUGAACUGGACGUCAUUAAGUCGGUUUUCCAAGCUUAAGCAUCUCGAUCUCUCGAGCAACAGACUACAACAUCCAAGAGGAAUAAAAGACCUUCAGUCAUUGCAAACUCUUGAAAUGGCUUUUAAUUUUAUAGAAGAGAUGAGCGUGAUACAUAACCAGUCUAAGUCCAACCUCAGGGUUUUAAACCUACAACAUAACAGAAUUUCUUCUCUGAAAUCCACAGAUUUCUCUAACUUUCCGUAUUUGGAAUAUUUAGAAUUGUCAGAGAACCCAAUUAAGACAUUUUCUCUGAAUGCAUCCAUGUUAUCUUCCUAUAUUGAACAAGUGCUGUUCAAUAGAUGCAGAGUAAAGUUUAAUUUGGUGACGGUUUUAAUCGAUUGCAAUGUGUUACCUGAAGACAAGAUUUUAAGGGUACAUGAAAGGAGAGUUGGGCUUUUGAAGCGCGAUAACUCCAAAAUAUUUCAUUGAAUUCUUUUCAGAAUUGCUUUAUAGUUCUUGAUGUGCUAAAGUAUUAGACAUUUAAAAUCUAUUAUUUUCAUGACGUUCAUUUAAAAUUUCAGUUAUUAAAAGAUAUUUAAAUGCAUGUACAUACACUUUU